UCAUGAGACUCUCGGUUGCUCAUAGUUAUUGCUAGGCAAAAGUUGGCAAUGGCUUUAAUAUGCAUGUAACAACUCAGUCGUUCACAGUAUUAGCUAGCUCCUGAAUUGUACAUUUAAAUUUCAUAAAAAGAUUUUGUAGCCUAUUCCCGGACCUGAGACCAGGGAUUCAUUUUUGUAUCUGGCUAGAGCUAGACAGAGUUGGCUGGCAGCCCUGAUGUUCCAAAGUACUUGAAUAGCUAAAUUUGCUAGUUAAUUACAGUAAUCGUGUUUUAUGGUUUUAUAGUAUCAUUAAAAGCAUUUAAUAGAGCAUGUGCAUGUUUGAUUUCACAUUGACACCAUAACUCGAGAUCUGCACGGUUGUCACGAUGAACUUCGUCAUUGAGCACACGUGGGACAGCUGGCCUGUCAUGCACGACCCUGUAAAUGUGAAGUUUUCACCAGGAGAUGGUGGGCUGUUAAUGGAAGUGUCUGCCCCAUUCUUUGACGAUCCAAAAGCUCCAGCAGGGCCCCCUGGCCAGCCUUUCCCGGGACUGUGGGACUAUGAAGUUGUGGAAUCCUUCUUCUUGAACAGUGCCACAGAAAAGUAUCUGGAGGUGGAAGUUUGUCCUCAUGGGCAGCACUUAGUAUUAUUACUGUCUGGCCGAGGAAAUGCCUUUCAGCAAGGGCUGCCUUUGUCAUUCCAAGCAACUGUGGAUGGGGGUAAAUGGAAGGGGACAGCGCUCCUUCCCUGGAAAUAUUUCCCCCCAGGAGUGAAUAAGAUGAAUUCUUACGCCAUUCAUGGCUCUGGAAUAGGAAGAACUUACGAGGCCCUCUAUCCCAUUCCAAGAGAGCAAAUAGCAGAGGGACAAAAACCAAACUUCCAUCUCCUAGAGUACUUCCAAGACUUCAGACUGCAAGCAAUCAUGGGAGAGGACUGGGUGCAGCCAGAAUCGGACCUUUGGAAGACAAAGUGACAAUCAGUACAAAAGAUGACAGCAGGGCCAAAGGCACUAAAAGGGACCAAAAAAUAAU